GGCAAACAGGUGGAACAACAACAGCUGGUGGAAAGGGUGCGCGAAAGGCGGAAUUUUUCAAAUGAUUUCACUUGUUACGGAGUCAGAAAAUCUGAAAUUGAUAGAUGUUGUCUCUGAUUAUAAGGGAAUUAGAGAAAUGGAUUCGAAAAGAGAAAAAGAAAAGAAGAAGGGAAAAAUUGGUCAGGAGAGGAUUAUUGAGGAUGAAUCUCGAGAGGAAACGUUUUUCACAGACGUCCAUGCAGCUGCUAUGCUGGUAGCAAAUUAAUAAUUUAAGGUGUUUUCUUGUUGUGACAGGUCACUAAGAACUGAGAGGUAAGAUGCUUACAUAGCGAUCUAAGCAGUAAUUAGUUCGUAUUUGUUUGAUGAUGACUCAAAGUGCUCGUGUUUGCGGCGUGUUUCUGGUGAAUGUAUGUGAGAAUUUAGCUCGCAGUUGUUAGCUCUAUGCCUAAAAGUAAACGCCAGGGUGAGAUCAUUCGCAAUAGGUAGAAAUGGCCGAAGUAGAGCGAGCUCUUAUCGCUGCCAAAGAUGGCGAUCUUCAAACCUUAAGAUCACUUCGUCGUAUAGUUCCCGUGGCGGCAGAUGGCUUUGGAGCGACCGCCCUUCAUUAUGCUACCCGAACAGGUCAAAUGGAAUGCGUUGAAUGGCUGGUGGAAGCCGUCGGAAUCUCUUACAAUGUACGCGGAACAAGCGGAGCUACACCAAUGCACGAUGCUGCGGCACAAGGACAGCUAGAAUGCGUCAAAUACUUUCUUGCAAACGGCGCUGAUGUUGAGACAAGAGACAGAUCAGGGCAUACCGCAUUGCAUUUGGCAGCAAGGUUUGGGAGGUUUGAGAUGGUGAAGUGGUUGACUGAGAAGGUGAAUGGUUAUGCAAGGGCCAAGUCAAGGAAUCAUAUGACACCAGUGCACUUUGCAGCUUCCGGAGGCCAUCUUACUUGCCUCCAGCUUUUGGUUUUCAAAGCUGGAUACAGGUAAGCUGUCAGUCUGUUAAAUAAAAGAAUUUCUCUAUCUUUCAGUGCUUUGUCUUUGUAGCACUAUUGCAUCCUAUAAUGAAAAAUGCUAUCAAUCCAGCUUUGCAAUUUUCAGUUUUCAUUGUAGCUAUCAGGGCUGUCAUUAAGUUUUUAAGCAGCUGUAGCAUCUCACAAAAAUUUAUAGUGCCACCUUUAGCUUUCCACUUUGAUCACCCAUAACAUGAUUCAAAGGUGCUCAACCAUAACAGGUGUUACGGGUUAUGGCCCUUAAUGACAGCUUUGGCUAUUUCUCUGUUUGGGUACUUUUCAACUCUCAAGUGAUGUUUAACUCAUGUAAGCUUCAAGCUUCUUUUCUGUCUUUGCCCUGGUCAGCACCUCAAUCCCCAGAGGCAAAGGUAUAGUGUUGUAAGACAAAUAUUAUAAGGUACACUUUAACCCUUUACGUCCCAAGAGUGACCAACAUCAAUUUUCUCCUAACUGUAUCAAUAAAUAAUCAAGAGAAAAGGUAACGAGAAUCAGUAAAAUGAUCACCAAAGGGAAAAUGCUUUGAUCUUUUAUCAAAUUCUCUCAACUAAUCUCAAAGGAAACGUAUGAAGAUCAGUUUUGAGAAUUAUUAUGUGGAUAUUGGCAGUUAAAGGGUUAAACCUGAGACAGCCCUCAUGCUUGGGACCUAUCCUGGGUUGAACUGGCUCACACAGUGCCAAGGAGAUGUUCUUUUAUAAAAUUAUUUAGUGUGGUGGUCCACCCUAAGCAUGUGCUUAGGGUGUCGAUUAAGGCAAGACUUGGACUCAAGAGAAAAAGGUACGGUAUCAGCCCAUUCCCCACCCUAGAACCAUUUUGCAUAGGCUUGAUAGAAAAAAAAAAGAAAAUAAUAUGAUUACAUAUCCCCUGCAUGAAGUCAGAGCAUCAGGUGUAAAAUGUUAUUGUCACUACCACCCCUCAGAAGGUUCAUCCUAAGAAAAGCUCUGAUCUUCCCGCAGAGGAGAGUACCAUCAGUCCUGUUACAGUGUAGUGUGUGCUAAUUCUGAAUGAUUUAUACAAUUGUUAUCUUUUAGUUCUGUUAAUGAUGCUGCAACAGAUGGAACCACUCCUUUGUAUCUUGCAACACAAGAUGGUAACUUGGAUUGCCUAAAGUAUCUUCACAGUGUCGGUGGGAAGUGUGAUGCAAGAGCCAGAGAUGGAAUGCUGCCUGUUCAUGCAGCAGCUCAGAAUGGACAUCUGGACUGUCUGGGAUAUCUGGUAAAAAAAAGAAGUUAUCGUAUUUUUUUUGUUUAUAAGGCGCAGCAUUUUUUCAUUGAAAGUUUGCUUGAUAGCAGCUCUAAAUCUGUUGUUACAUAAUUUCCGGGUGCAUCUUAUAACUGAGUAUCUUCGGGCAACUAAACAAAAUUGAGUCAAAUUCGUGACUCUGAAAGCUCUAACUUCUGAUAAAGUGCCAAUUUCUUGUUCCAGUUUGCCUUUUAUUAUGCUUAUGAAUCAAAGUGAGAAUCUGUUUUUUUUCUAAUCCUCUGUAUACUGCUUAGUUAAGAAUUUUGUCUAUUCCACAUUCAUUGAUUUGGUGUUUAAUGUUUAGCCUUGAUCACAGAGGAAUCCCAUGUUACCACGAUCGCAUCAUGCCACCAUGUCGAUAAAACUAUAACUAGAUUUUCAAGGUCUUUAAGUGGUUGUGUUAAUGGUUGGGUUUCAACGUGCAGUAUAUGACGUGAACAUGUAUAUGCCUUAGGGAUCUUUUGAAUGAGCUACAUUUGUAGCUGUUGACGGUAGGCUGGUGGUUAAGCGUAUGCUUAAAGGGACUAAUGUCACAGCAUUUGCUUUCUUUCUUAAAAGACUUUUGUUCCAUCAAUUGAAUUCCAAAAAUAAUGGUCCAGUUUUGUCAGUCAAGACUAUAUUUGGGCAUUGAAACUGUCAUUAUGGUUUUUAGGGCUACCUGAUAUGAAUUCUCUGAUUUCUACUUCGUAACUCUACAGGUCACAUUUUGUGUAUGAGUAAAAUGCUUGGCACCAAGUAAUCACUUCAGUGCAGAAUUGACCUAAAACAGCAAUAUCAAUAUCAUUGUGACAUAGUCCCUUUAAUUGGAAUGAAAACAAAAUAUGACAAUUAUUAAAGAAGUUUCAUAUCUCAUUUAAUUUUUUUUGUGUUUAACAAACUAAAAUAUAUUAUAAUGUUAUUAAUAGUACCAUACGAAAGUAUCAAUGAAGAGAUAAUCUUUUGGAUGGGUUAAUACUAUACACCAUAUGAUUUCAUCCAAAGACUUAGCACUUUCACUCAUAGACUAUUUUGUGGUGAGAUGAACAAUUGAAUUUGUUGCUCUAGAAUCUUUUGAGGAAAUGCUAUGUUUUUACCUUUCAAAACUUUAAGAAACCUCUUUUGCAGAACUUUUGUAUGAUACUCAGCGCUUGAAAAAAGUCCUGUUCACUAGUGCGGGACAAGUAAAUUUUCUAGCAUGGCAAGUGACCUUUUAAGCUUACUUGGUAUGCUCAGUGGACAACAGUCUGGGCAAGUCAUCCUCUUAGAACAAAAUCAUUAACUAAGACAAACAAGAAGUGACCGAGCUGCUUAGCCAAAGGACAAGCUCCAUUAUUACAGGGGUUUAUUUAUUUCCUAACAUUUAAAAAAAAAACCUGGAUUUUUUUUUAUUGGCCCCUUUCAGGAGUGAAAGCAUUUAAGUUUUAGCUAAUUCACCAUGACUGACUUUUUGGCAGAUUGAAAGUGGCCAAGCUGAUGUAGAUGAAAGAGACACAACAGGUGCUACACCUGCUCAUUAUGCUGCAGCACAAGGUAAGCAAAAUAAUGUAUUAAUAAUAAAUAAUUAUUAGUAGGAUGAUCAACAAUGCAGGGCUGUCAAUAAGGGCCAGUAGCCGGCCAAAACCAGCGGCUAGUUACAAGGCUAGUUUGCCAUCCUUAGCUGGCUACUUUCAUCUCCUUCCACCACAGGAUCUAACAAAAAAUAAGUACCAUUGAAUUAAAUAAGUAUUGUAAAGCAUCUGUUUCCCAGUUUUGAAUGACAUUGAACGCAUAUUUAAACAUGAUUAGAUCUGUGAAACAUUAGAACCAUGCAAUGUUGUGGAACGUCUGGGACAUUUCUGAGACCGUAACAAAAUGUCCCUCGUACCUCGUCCCUUAAGAACUUGAGCCUUGGGUGCGAGUUCCAAAGCCGCCUACUAUUUAUUAUCAGCCUGCUAUUUAAAAACUUUUUGACAGCCCUGCAAUGUAAAGUGUUGCCAUGGGAAAAAGCUUUUAACAAGGUUGUAUUUUGCAGUUCUCUCUGUAUGUUUCAGGACAUGUGAAUGUUUUGAAAUGGCUGAAUGCCAAAGGUGACAUUUCAUCAACUGACACACUUGGUGGCUCACCACUACAUGAUGCAGCAGAACAGGGUCAAUUUGAGGUUUGUUGUUAAAAUGGCUACACUUCUCUUACACAUCAGUUCUUUGUGUUAAAAAUUAAUUUUUUCUUGCUGUGGAGAUGUUUGAAUGUUGAAUGAAUGUGUUAAUUUAAAAUUGUUGACAUACAGUAAACAUGCAAAUGUAAAUUAUAAUUAUGUAUUUCCUGACUUUUUUCUUUCUCUUUUUCUUUCUCUCUUCCCCAAUUGUCUGGGAUGGUUGGACACACAUGGGGGAGGGGGGGGAAUUGGGAGUGUUCUAUUUUCUCGAAGGUUCCCAGAUUUCUGCUAGAAUGGCUGGAAUCGUGCCAAACAUAUAAAAACUCAAAUUUAUACUGUCUGGGAUGUUGGGUAUCAAUGGCCAAUCGUAUUUGUACCUAUCCUCAAACUGCUUAGCUCUAGUCUUUUCCCUCAUAAAUCAAAAUGGUGUCUGGGACAGACUCCGAGAUUUUCCUGACAUAAUAACCAGGAUAAUCGGGAAACAGUAAGGUUGCUGAUCAUCUGGGAUUUUCCUGACAUGAGAAAGCCAUGGUAAUUAAUUGUGAUACUGUUAUUUAUCUUUCUUAUUUUAGUGCAUUAGAUACCUAGUUGAAACCCUUGACUUGGAUGUCAAUCAGAAAGACAGGGAAGGAUUGACACCAUUACAUUUGGCAAAAAUAAGCGGCCACCGAAAGUGCACAGAUUAUCUUAAGAUAGCCACAUCAAGGGUGAGUGUUAUGUUAAUCCAUUGCAACAUUCUUAGCAAACAUGUAUUGAUGCAAGUUUAUGCUACUGUACUUGUCAUAUUUCUACUAAGAAUAUAUUGUUGAACUGCUGGGAAUGAUCAUUAUGUCAUAAAACAAUCAGGUGUUCUUGCAUGUAAGUGUAAAAAGCACAGUUAAAAAUACAGUGGAACCUUGAUAUGACAAAGCACCAAGGAAAUGGCAAAAAUGUUUACUAUAACAAGGUUUCAUUAUAUUGAGGUUCUUUCCCUCAUAUUUUACAAUUGGGGUGAAGAAUUUUGUUUGUUAUACUGCAGACUUUAUUAUGUAGCUCUGGGUUCAUUAGUUGAGGCUCCACUGAACACAAUUUCAUCAUUAAUUAUUUGAGGAAGCUAACUUAAAAAAAGGAUAGAAUUAUUUAAUUGCAGGAAUGCAAAGCUAAGCUCAUGGACAGUAAGUUGCUUCUCCAGUCCACUCCAAAUUGACGUUCAAAAACAAUAAAUUGUGUGAUCAUCUCUGAAGUGCCUUAAUCCACUGUGAUAAUGUCUAUUUUCUUCAAGUUCUUUUUUUCUUCUUUUUUAAAUCAAAACACUCUUUUAGAAUUUUUUUUUUUUCAUGUGUCGAUUUUGGAAUAGAGAAGUGGCUUACUCUAGGAAAGGUUUUUCUAUGCCAUCAAUUUUUCAUUCUUUUGCACUUUUUAACUUCAGUUGUUACUUAAAGCAAUGCUACUUAAAUAGAAUCUAGAAACACUUAAAUUUCAUAACCAAGGAAAUAACAUUCAUAUUCAUGCAGUAAUUUCAAUAUACAUAUUCAUUCUACUUUCAUCACGUCAUUGAACAAAGAACCAAGACUACGUUAGUUGACAACAAAAGCUAACUAAAAGUAGAAAACGUAAACGAGACUGACUAACAAUAAAAACAAACCAAGAAGAUUAUUAUUUCAGAUCAGUAAGAAGACAUAUCAUCAAAAGUGAUGCACCCAUUCUUAACCUAAGUACAUCUUAUGCAAAGAAAUGGGGCAGAGAAAUUCUUCUUGCAUAAACUGAUUCGGUUACGCCCUAACUGUUUUAUUAAUUUGUGUGUGUGUGUGUGUGUGUGUGUGUGUGUGUGUGUGUGUGUGCGCGCGCGCGUUUUUUGCCUAUAUAUCACAAACAAGAAGUCUACAACACUUGAUAUUUUCAAGCAAGAUGUUAAGCACUGAAAGCAACAAGAAAAUGAGCCUAAAAAUAAAUAGAAGCAACAGCCAAAAAUUGAAAUUUAUUUGAUGUCCAAAUUGCGAUGUGAAUGAAAUUAACUAGGCUUUUGGCAAUAGUUGGUCACAUGAUCAACUUCCUGUAAACGCGGAAACAGGCGAACCGUUUUCGUGUUUGCAGAAAGUUGAUCACGUGAUCAACUAAUGCAAAAGGCCUUAUAAGCCUUCGAAAGAUAGAUAAGACUAUUAUAAGUCAAUGCCAAGUUAAAAUUACUGACAUUGUAAAGAGAAUAAAACUUCACUGACAACCAAGAGAGUCGUUAACACAUGCAUGAUUCAACCGAUGACCUUUUACAAGCUUGCACAGUGCACAAAGUUUGUAAUGCAAUAUUUUUUCUUCUAGAAUUAAAAAAACUGAUAAAUAAUUGUAUUUUUUUCGGCUUAAGCGACCUUUUAAACCAGAAAAACACCAGAUAAUACCAAUGAAUAGACUUGUUGUGAAACUCCAAAGCAACUGGAUAACAAAUAGCAAAGACUGUUUUUCCCAGCUCAGUACAAUGUUAUACAACGAUACUGGACAAUCUGGACAUUCUCAACUGUCAAUCACUGUUACGUCACCCAUCAGCAAAGCAAUGCUCACUGAUUUCGCCGUUCACAUACACCACGCUUUUAUCCACUCUGAUACUUUUUAUAUUUCGUCAACAAAUACGCAGGCAACAAAGACCCACCGCAAAAGCCACAACCAACUACGAUAGCUGUUAAGCAAGGCAAACUCUAAGUUAAGUUUUUAGCACACCAUAGUUAUUAGAGGAGACUGGCUAUGAAAAGCGGCAAACAUCAAUGAUAAAAACAACAGUGCUGCAGUUUAUGUUGGAAGCACCCUGAAAGUGCACAAUCCUUUGUUUUCUGUUGGCAAAUUGUUACGGAAUAAAUUAAUGCAACGUUUUUAUUGGUCAAUACAAUCAAAAUGAUAGGAAUUCUUUUGAACGUUGUGCACUUUCAGGUCCACAAAAACAUAUAACAAAGGAGUCUGACGGGUUUCAUAACCAUUCCACUUCGUCAUUUCGUCUUGAGUGAGCCUAGGUGGACAUUGCUGUUUUGUUUGGCUUUGUGCCUUAGUCGUAUAAUGCCUCCUUUUAAAUUACUUUAUCUUUUUCAUCGUACAGUAUGUAGACUGUUCACAGUCCUCUAUUUUUCCGUACGAUCGUCGAGAUCGAGCGCUUUGCAUUACGGGCCGCUAUCUUGCAUGAGUGUCAGAACUACUUAGGGGGCCGGGGCGGUUUGGGAGGAAGCGAAAAAAUAGGCCCCCCUCCCCCUAGAGCUGUAAUCCCCGACGCCCGCCCCCUAGGUACAUUUGAAAAUCAAGAUGGCCGCCAUUAACUGUAAGACGCGCUAUAUCUCGACGAUCUCACGAAAAAAAUAGGGGACUGUGAACAGUCUAUACAGUAUACGACACAAAAUAUUUGUAACCUCAAUGCCUAUUUGCUCAAUUUCUUUUCCAAACGGAUAAUGAAUCUCUUAAUCAUAUACUCUCGACAAGGAUUAAAUUAUCUAGAAUGGGCUUUUUGUUCAUUUAUUGUAAUACACGUAGAUUGUAAAUAUCAAUUAUACAUUCCUGGUGUUACUUGAAUGUUCUGAAGUUUACAGAAAGUUGAUCAGAGUGAAAAUAGUUAUUUCAACCUAGCUGGUUAAUAACUUACAUUAGACAAAAACGUCGAAAUUUUUGAAAAAUGGUUAUUUUUAAAAGCAGAAAACUACAACAACUUUCUGCGAAUUUGUAUAUAAGUGAAAUGUGACUGUAAAGACUCUAUUGCUUUUGUUUAUGUGAGUUAACCGUAACGUUUCUGAGGAAAAUAAAUAGAGAAACUGAGACUUGUUAGAGACUAAAUUAAAGUAAAGUAACCGCAAUUGACACGAAAUGUUAAUAUCGUAAUAUGUUGUAUACAGAUUAAUAAACUUACAACUUAAUCUUUGUUUUAUUUAUUCUUAUGUUAAUCCUCGCAUUUGCUGAGUAAGCUGAAUCUGAAACAAAGUCCAAAAACAUUCCUGUAAGUUGUUGGGUAAUGAUGUCUGACCACUUUGUUGCACCAUAAAGAGGUUGAACACAACACUGCACUCUUAAAUUAAAAGAGAGAAAUAAUUGAUUUUGCUUUUUUAAUCAUUAGCAAAAGACGGUGAUUUAGAAGGCAUAAAUGUUUGUAAUGCUUUAUAACAAUUUUGUUAAUCCUACGCACCUUAUUUACUGUUAUCAGAGGGUUUUUUUUUUUCGAGGAUUUGGCAUUGAAUCAAAUUUGUUUGUACACUGCCUUUAUCUAUUUAUUCAUGUGUUUAUUUAUUUUGGGGAGGAGAAAGGUGAAGAUGUUGAGAUGUUGUAUUAAUGAUAGACUGCAAAACAGUCGUUUUCCAUUUUUCUCAAAACUAUUCUCGUUGAGCGCUGAUUGGUGGCGUAAAAUUCUCAUGCAAAGCAAGCGAGUUUCGUCCUUCGUUUUUCAAACCUGACUUCCGUAUGACUAGCGCAAAAAUUUGUUUGACAAGCGAAAAAAUCCUGCUGUUUUGCAAUCUAGGUGAAUCCCCUUCCUUAUAUGAAAUUAUGAUUGUGAUUCAUGUGUUAUUAGAAACUAACGUUUACGUUUCAGAAACUUCCCCCAGACAUGAGCCAUGCAGGGCUUGAAAUGCUUCUUGAUUUUGUUAGUGUCCAUUUAUUUUAAUACCUGUAGUCAAAGCACAGUUGCACUUAGAGAUUAUUAAUAUUAGCUUAUCAAAUUUAACACUAACACAUGUAGUUUGUUAUCUGGCCCUUCCUUAAGUACUUUUAUUUCUGUAGAAUUAGGCAAAUUUGGCAAAGACAACGAGUCGACAGUAGCGACGGCGCACGCAAAUCUAAAAACUGCUUUGAACCUGGCUUUCACAAAUGGAAGAGCGGCAAAUAAUCGAGCCGCGUUUAGUCCUUUCCGCGCGUUUUGGCAUUCUCGUCUCACAACAAAGAAACAGUACCACAGGAGAGUACUGCUCAGUAGCUUGCAUGAAAAUGAUCACACUUUUGGAUCUUCCUUUAAAGACUCAAACUAAAUGAACUGAAAACCACCUUAUACAGCGCAGCAAACAGUGUCACAGGAAAGUACUGCUUCGUAGCUUCAAUUUGAAUGGUCACACUUCAUGAUUUGAUCCACAGACGCAUAAGUUAGAACCACAUUGUACAGCAUAAUAAAUUGUAUCACAGGAAAGUACUGCUCAGUAGCUUCAAUUUGAAUAGACUGCGAGCAGACUCUUUUUCUUCAGAUUUAGUAAGGGGAGUGCACGCGUGCGCGAGCGCGAGCGCGGCAGCGGCCUCUCCCGUCUCGCGCCUUCAGUCACGCGCGUGGUCAUUUGCGUGUUUCUGGCGUUUUGCUCGACGGACCAAGAAAAAAGAGAGACUGCUCGUAGUCUACGAUUUGAAUGGUCACUCUCCAUGAUUUUAUCCACAGACGCAUAAUUUAGAACCACAUUGUACAGCGUAUUAAAUUGUACCACAAGAAAGUACUGCUAAGUAGCUUUCAUUUGAAUGGUCACAACAUAGGAUUUCGUCAACAGACUCGAAAGUUAGAACCACCAUGUACAGCAUAAUAAACAGUACCACACGAAAGAACUGCUAGGUAGCUUUUAUUUGAACGAUCACACGUCCAGAGACUCAAACGUUAGUAUUAAAUCACUUGCCUCCAUAACAGACUGCGUGCGUGGAAAGGCUAAACGCAAAGCGACGCAAAAAGCAUUAAAAACUGACCUCCUAAAAGCGAGUUGCUCGAAUAGCACAGGUUUACACUUUGCCCAGCCUCAUGUCUGCCCUUUUAUUCUUCUUUCAUUCUACAGCAAGCCAAGGCACAAAAACGACAAGGGCAAACCAGCAAACGGGUUAAUCAAGACAAUAGCAAUUCCUUUUCAUCUUUCGCAAGUUCAAAUGAAAAGGUUCAAGAAAGAAAAUUUGUUUCUGGUAAACCAGCCACAGAAAGGAGCUCCUCAAUAGUGAAGGAGGCAGCUCCUUGGCAGCAAACUACGAACAAGGGCGUCGUGAGGCCGAAAAGUGACAGCAGCAACCGCAGUAAAGUAGAUGAAGGGAUGGAACAAGCAAAGAUGGAAUCAGUGAAUCACAGGUCAAAACACGUGCACUCUGUUGCUAACGGCAACAACAAUUUGAGCGACAGUGGUAGAAAGGAGGGAUCUAACAACAGCAACAACAACAACAACAACAGAAGCAGCAGAGAAAGCAACAAUAUCAAAGAAAGUCUAACAAAAAAGAACUCUACAGAUAAUUCUUCCUCAUCUGCAGCAGCACCAAGCUCCCACGGUUACGAUUCUCCACUGUACGCCAGUCUGCAGUCAGAACGGGUCAAACCCCUCAGGGAAAGACAAAUGCAACCCUUGCCUCAUUUUGGUGACAUUCUUCCUCCACCGGUCGAGUUUUCAAAGUCCUCAGGUAAAGGGAGUUUAUUUUUAUUUCCUUUAAGACAAAAUUGUAGCAAUAGUUAAAGUCCCCAAUAGGUUCUUCGGGUUUCUAGGUUUGCCUCAUUUGAAGGCCGAGAUUCGGGAUUGAAAAUCAAUGCAAGGGAUACGGGAUGCCAAAAAUAACCCUCGGGAUUACGGGAUUGAGGGAAAAGAUGACGGUAUGAAAGAACCCUAGUGGGGACCCUCGAGACAGAAGAGCAUCACCAUUUUCUUGACGGAAUAACAAGGGGUGGUGAUAAAAUUACCCGGUAUGUAUGGGGUGGUAUAGAAGAUCAAAGAACCAGUGUUAGUGAACCAACAGUCAAUCAGUAAUCGACAUUGUAAACGACCUUUAUUGUAAACAGACCGAUACCCCCUUUUAGAGAGUAAGGCACAAUAAAGAUUUACUGUUACUGUUAGUCAGUCAGUUGGUCAGUCAGUAAGUCAGUCAGUCUGUCAGUCAGUCAGUCGGUCGGCCAGCUGGCCGGUCGGUCAGCCGGUUGGUCAGUCAUUCAGUCAGUCAGUCAGCCAGGCAGUCAGUCAGCCGGUCAGUCAGUCUGAAAGUACACUGUAAAUCAUGAGUCAUAAGUAAGACGUUCAGCGGUAAGAGGGCAAUCAGUCGGUACGUGAUCAGUCAGAAAUUCAUCAGUCAGACAGACAGACAGACAGACAGUCUUUCAGUCAAUCAUUCAAUCAGUGAGCGUCAGUCAGACAGUCAGUGAGUUAUCUUUCCACAGUCAUUCAGUCAGUUUGGUAGCCGACAGUCUGUUACAAGUGCAGCAGACGUUUGUCAAUCAGUUAGUCAGUCUGUUAAUCUUCAGUUAGACAGACAGACAGACAGACAGACAGACAAAAGACACAGACAGAUAAUCAGUCAUUCAGUCAGUCAGUCAUUCGUUUGCCAGUGGUUGUAAGUCAGUCCAGCCUAGUCCCUAGGCGUUCACGGCUUGGUUAAACCUGAAGUCUAGCGUGAGCUGUGACGUCACCAAGAGAUACUCGCCCACCCUUUCCCAACGGGACUACGGGACAACGGGCCAAGAGAACGCCAAGGGGGGUCGGCUGAAAGCUUUCUGAUGUUUAAAAUGAAGCCUACAAGUUGCCAUGAUAUGCAAAGUUAACACAAGCCUAAUCCUCUUUCUUUUUAUUUACGACUGAUUUACUUAGUUCUUACUUUACUGCCUUUUUGUUUACUUUUUUUGGUUCCUUUUCUUUUGAUUUGUGGCUUAUGUGUUAUUAACCUUUUUUUUAUGUUGACAAGUUUGUACGCGACUGUAACAGCAUGCCUUCGACUUCUUGUUUGGAAAUGUUUGGACUUCACUGAACUAUGUAUCGGCAAAAACCUGAGAAAGCAUGUGGAUGUCCUUCCAACGAGUAAACAAACUUGGCGAACGUAGGAAGCUAAAAAAUUAAUAAUGCAUCCUUACUACUAACCUGGUGGAAACCGGAAACUACAGCAACUAACAGCAAGAUGGGGUUAAUACGUUAAACACCCAUCGUUUUGUACGUUUUUAGUUAUUUUAAUUUGCUGCUUUAUUUUGAUGCUAUUAUUCAACGUUCAUAUCUGAAUCGAUUGCACUAACUCUCUGCUAUAACGCGACUAACUGCAGUUUUUUUUUUCAUUUUGUAUUGGACCAAAGAAUUAUAUAUAGGAACUAUACAAAAAGAACAUGCAACUUUAUAGACUUGAACCACUACAGAAUACAGAACGUUGUGGACAGUGUUAUUUUGUUUUUAGCCUGCGAGCAAGCUCUUCGGGGCGCUAUGGCGACGGGGAGAGCUUGCAACUACGUCUCUGGAAUUUGAAGUCCACCUCCAAUUCCCCUGUGGCUCCCCGUCGACUGAGCUGUCAGAUUUCCGCCAAUCAGCGCGAAGGGGAAACGAAUGCGAAUGUAAACAUACGUUGAAAAACACGUGCUAAGGGUAAUGACGUCAUUACUAAUGUCAUCUCCGCUAAUCAGCAUUUCGCAUCGACUUUUUCGACGCAGAUAUUCAAAUUCCACAGACGUUGUUCCAGUUUCUCCUUCCUUUUCCCGCCCCGCCGCCAGAGCUUGCUUGCAGGCUAUUUUGUUUAAUUUUGAUUGUAUUACGGUAGUACUUUUCCUUUUCGACAUACAAGAAUUAUAACUUUGAAAACGUUUAUGGGGACCACCAACUCCACCUUCCCUUAACAGGUGCUUAUUGUAUGUGACAAAAUGAAGUAGUCAAAAAACUGACGCACUAAUGUUUGUCUGGCAAAAAAUCAUUCUCAUUAGCUCUUUUCAUACCGUAGUGUCACCGGUCCAGGGUUUACUCUAGAGUGAGGCUUUGCGGGAUUUACGCGAUUUGAAAAAUAAUGCCGCAAGAAAUUUGUGACAGAGCAGUAAAUGGGGCGCGGAAAUGAGGCCCUCAUUGGCCAAUUGCUAGAAUAAACCCUGCGCUCAAGCUACAACCUCGAGAAACACCCUUGAAACAGCUGCUUUUUUGAAUUUACGCGCGAUGCGACUAUGUCAUCAAACUAGAACAAAGUUGCGCCCUCCUUGCCCCAUUCAAUGUUGUUUUUGCGGGUGUUUUUGUCCCCGUCCCUCCCAAAAAGAAAGCAAUGCGUACAGUUCUUGUGCUACCCAAAACAACAUUGGGGGAGGGGAAAGGAGAUAAACAGCCAUUCAUUCUGCAAGCUUGCACGAGCGAAGCCGAAAGCGUUAGUGGUACGACCUGUGUACCGCCGCACACUAGUUGUAAUAGUACUUUGUAAUUUACUCUUUAUAGCGGUUCACAUUUUCCGCGCCUCGCGUUCGGCCUUUUCAGCUCGACUUGUACUUGCUGUCAAGCCUAAAUACAUAAUGUAUAUCGUUACUAUUUCUUUUAGUUAUCGUAAAGCAUCCAAUUUAACGCUUUUGACUUUAUUAAAGUAAAUCAACUGUUAUUUGGGAUUAUUUGUUUUGUUUUCCGUUUGUUUGUGUUUUUGUUCCUUCGUUUUGAGUUUACGGCAGAUGUCAUAAAAGGUUCCGUAGUGAAGUUUUUGCCUAGUCCCUAGGCCUCAUUAUUCCGCGCGGCCUAUGCGUUUCGGGUCACGUGGUGCGAAUGAGUUUUUUUCCCGGCCGUCUCGGAUACGUCACCGAGAUGCUUUGACCGAGAAGGCCUGGGAAGACGCCUUACAGGGACUAAUCAAUUCUGAUUUUAUUGCUGAAAUGUUAAGUGAAAUAUGAACAGUGCACGACUCAACUCCACACAUGUAUAACCUACAAGAACAGCCUUCGUGACGGGCGUUGAAAGGGAGUGGGAAGUCUAGGGGAAGGGUACUUGGGUGAAUUUUUGCUGGAUGUGUGUCGCUGGCCUCUUAGAACCCCUGCCACAUUCGUCUACGCUGUGGGCAAUUAUAGACCCCAUCUUUGUCACCUUUGGGCAAACGUCAUUUUCGUGACCCCAACUUUGUUGCUUUCUCUCACUUUUUUAAAUCCCCUACUUACCAGAAUUUUCUAUUGAAAAUGCAACCCCAUUAUAGUCAACCCAGUCGUGAAAAUGCGACCCCAUCCAGCUGCACAUCCCCAUUAGCCUAUUACUAGGAAGUACCGUCCCCCCCCCUCCAGAUGGAAUAGUUUGUUGUCAGGUCUUCGCUUUGUGGCGCGCACGAUUUCUCCCCCUUUUCAACGAGCUGUCACGCAAGCUGUUCGAAGAAAGGAGUCUAUCUCUUUCACUCUUUGUGUCAUUAGCAUAUUCCCACGGCAAAAGCCAAAAAUUACAAGAAGCUGAAGUAAAUACAGAACCAAAUGAAAAAUCCCGCCGAAGUGAACUCUCCAAGACAAGAGGGAUAAAGCAGAGAGUCAGAUUUGAAGAAGACAAUUGUAAGGUGAUUGUGGAAGUCCAGUCCGUGGAAAAUAAUGGAAACGUUUGGGAGACAAAGGACAAAGUUAAGGCAGCCCAAGUCAAAAGGAUUGACCCAGAGACCCAAGAAAGCCUCGUAAAACAAAAGCAACUUUCUGAUGAUACGAGUCACGUGGUCAGUACAGGCAGUCUUCACAGAGAUGCCGAAAGACCAAUAAGCGGGCAGUUUGAAAGUGAUUUGCCACCAUGGAAAAAACAGAUGUUGAUAAAUCGAACGCGAAAGGACAAAGAACAGGAAAGGAGAGAACGAGAAAAGGUAUUAAUUGAUAAUUCCAAGGGCGCACCGUUUUUUUGGGUACUUUUCAAAAAUAAGCAGUCGAUUGAUAACAUUGUUGUAAGGCAUGGAGGAAAUUACAUCUUUUAUUCUGCUUCCGAUAGACCAUUUUACUACGUGAAUACCUCAAGUGGGGAGGAAUUAGCCUCUUCACAGACCCUCUAUUUUCUCUUUAAAGUACAUCAAGCGCGGGGGAAAAUAUAAACCGUAGGGGAUUUAUUAACCUCCAGCGCAAGGGGGUAGUGGGAGGGGAAGAAGAAAAUGUUUCUUUCUUGCGCUCCGCGCUCGUUCUCGGGAGCUCGCCGGGAUGUUUUUGGGAAUGAACGAAAAGAUAAAUAAAACAACGUUUGUGUACAGGCUAGGGAGGAAUUCGAGCGUAUAGAACGGCUGGUCGAGGCCGUGUUACCACAAUUGGAAGGAAAAUUCAGGGAAAUUAUGAUUGGUAAAAAAUAUUUAAAUAUUUGUUAAGAUUGGGUGACAUUUGACGGAGUAACAAAUAGAGAAACGCAUUGAUGGGCCUCUUGUCCGAAAACUGUCAGAUCUAUCAUGGUUUCUUUUGUUUGGGUUUUGUAGAGAGAAAUCGAAGGAAGAAAGUGGAUCGGUGUCCCUUCAUGGAAAAUUCCUCUUCUGGAGAAAAGAGAAGAAGAGAGGUUAGUAAAAUUUUUGCUUCAGACGCUGAGCUCUGGUCAACUAAGGACGUUUUUGUUACUUCAAAGUUAUUUCUGCGUUUUCAGAUUUGUUAGGUGGUAAUCGUGACAAGCACAAUUUAAGAAGAGACGAGUUGAUAUAAGUUCUAUAUUGAAAGAAUUUUUCAAACCAUUAAGUCAACUGGCCGUAGGCAGUGGAAAUUAUGCGGCACUGUAAUGCGUUUAGAUACCUGAUGAAAAACCUCCUUCGUAUCCUAAAUGUUUUCUUCAAGAUCGUUUUUUUUAAAGACGUUAUAAUGUCAAACACUCGACAACUAUAGCAGGUAAAACAUACUCGGCUACGGGUCGUGUUUCUCUUCAUGUUUGAUAUCUAAUGAAACACCAUUACUCGUGUUUGUUUUGCUGGUUGUUUGCAUUGCAUCAAAGUAUUUUUGUUUUCGUAUUUCGUCAAGGUUAAAACAGGAACAGCGCUGGAUAAGCAUGCCACAAUGGAAGAUAAAUCUCCUGAGUAGAAGAGGUACGGAAGAAAUUUAUGCUAAAUAUCACGAUUCUGGGACGUCGCUCAAGUGUACAAGGUCAGAGGUCCUUCAGUAA